ACACCCGACGCUCGAGGAAAAUGUUAGUGCUGUUACAUCUACCUGUGUCCAUAUAACAUCUAUCAUGUAUCGCAAAAUACUCUACGUGGCCCUUGUGGCAUUUUUAGUUUUAAAUACUGAAGCAAGAAAAACCCGGAGAAAUAAAAGACCUAAAGAAGAGGAAGAUACCACUCUGCAGCCUAGUGUUGUGUCCUAUUCUACAUUCGGGUUCAACGAUGUGGGCUCCUAUGACGGGUUCGUUCCCAGUUCUCCUGACUAUGCAAACUACCUGACUACGGUCAAUCAAGAUUCAGCUACGAGACUAUAUGCCCCUGCUUUCCCGACAGCUUUAGAUAAUACAGGGUUUGAUAAUACUUUUGCCGCUCAGCCCAAUGAGUAUGCUCUUGAACCGGAAAAUGAACAUCAAACAAGUGUGAGUUCGCAAAAUACUGAUUUUUUCAAUAUGCCUCAAUUUGACAAUAAUGAAUAUCAGCAUAGCAAACUCAGCUCUUUGCAUAUACAUGGACGGCAUGCGAAUGACAAUAAUGCACCGGUUUAUGGAACUAAACUUGGUUCCAGAGGUAAGAAACAGAUAAAUUCCACUGAACAAACUGUUCUUAAUCAUUUUAACAAUGUAAACCCUACUGCAGUGUCCAUGAAUUUUAAUUUUGCGGAUGAGUCUCCAUUCGCCCAUAAUGUAAAAUCAACAUUUGGUGAGUCGAACAGCAAUUACCAAAAUAUUCAGACAACGACACCUACCUACCCACCAGUAGAUAUAGAAGAUUUUGCGGAGUCAGCACCUAGUAACGGACUGUUAAAAUUUCCGAAAGUUAUUGAUUUUACCAAGAUGACCUAUCCUUCUGAAUUGGAAAACAAAUACCUUCAUGCUUCGUAUAAUCCUAUGAAAAGUUCUCAGUCUGAAAAAAGAUAUAAAAAUAUUCAUGAGAAUGAUAGCAAUAAAUAUAUACAACAAACAUCAAUGUUCAAAGACUCAUUAAAUUUUGAUUCCAAGAAUGAGAACGACAACGUGCAGAAGCAACCACUGAAAUAUAUUUCUUCAAGUCCAGAAGCCAAUUUUGUUAAUACACCACCGCCAAAGAGUAUUUUUAAAGGAACGCCUUUUAAGACAGAUCUACAAGAUCAUAAAAAUAAGUACACUAUAAGCAAUUAUAGUAGUGAUUUUAAGCAUUGGGAUAAUCCGUUCAAGGGUUAUAAAUAUGCUACAAACUACAGCAGCACAAGUUUUAAAUUUGAUUCGGAUGAACCGAAAAAACAUAUGAGUAACAAUUAUGAUGAAAUUGUACCUGCUAGUAGCAACGUAGUAGAUAUUAAUAAUUAUCAAAUACCAGAAACUGAAUUUUACUCAAGUUUUAAAAAAAUGCCUGAAAUGAAACCAGUUUAUGAACAUGAAUAUGAUAUUCCUAUAACGAAAGAAAAACGUAAACCCGAUGAAUAUGCAGCUAGCCAGAUUGCAAAUGCAUUCAUUGAAGGACCAACUGUAACUUCUCAGUGGGGAAAUGUUUUCAAGUCUACUGAAUAUUCUUCUCAUAAAAAUCACCCUAGGAACCCUAUUUAUUCUGAAGAUGUGGGUAGUGAUAUUGUGCAUAUACCGAAGAGACCUCAAAGUUUGAGGAAUCACCACGGAAAACAUUCGGAAAGUGGUUCCAAAGGCCCAAACGAUUGGAUAUCCUAUUCAAAAAAACCUAGCUAUGCAAACAAGCGUCCCACAAAAGACUGGUAUGAUACUUACAACACUAAAUUCAAAACAGAAGAGGAUUUAUUAGACCUUAGAAAUCAUGACACUUCAAAUCCAUCUUAUUUACCUACAUAUAGACCUAAUGAUAAUGAAAUCUCUAGUGAAAAUGAUUACAAAAAGCUUGUAGAAAAAUGGAGACAAUCCUACUGGAAAUCCAAGUUCAGAGAGACUUAUCCUGAUUUCGAAGGUUAUUCCUCUGAAACCAAACCUCUACAUGUGCCGAUUCCGAAACCAUACCCGAUAGAAGUUCCUCAUCCAGUGAUUAUACCGGUUCCGCAGCCUUACCCGGUUAGGGUCCCUGUACCCAAACCUGUCGCGGUGCCUGUUAUCCGGGAACUCACCAUACCAGUUGAGAAACCAGUACCUUAUCCGGUAAUCAAAAAGGUUCCUUACCCUGUAGAGAAGCCAGUACCAGUGCCUGUCGAAAAAGAGGUAGCAGUGCCGGUAGAAAAGCCGUACCCUGUCCACAUACCACACGUCAGGCCCGUGUUCCACCAUUCGAAACCACCUCGAGAAGAGUCCUACGAAUCUGGAGCAGAAGAUGAAGAUGACUAUUUUCCGAGACCCGAGGGAGUAAAAAAACAAGUUCUUUACAAGAAGAAGCCUAGAAGCACACGUAACCGACAACAUAGGCCGACAAGAAUGACUUACCAGGACCGUAACGUGAGACGCCCUCGAAGACCAACAGAAUCUUACAGAAGACCUUAUUCGUCAAAAAUAGGCUUUCAUUACACCUCGCCUAAUAGAUAUAGAGACUUUGAAAUGGAAUAUGAAACUGAGCCGAGCGAUUACAUCUCAUAUUGCAAGAGAACUGGGAACUGUUAAUGAGACAAAAGUUCGGUGACUGUUGAACAGUAUCCAAAUUUUCUGAGCAUGUAUAGUAAAUGGAACUGAUUACUUUACAAACCAAGUUAUUCCAUCUCAUGAAUUGAAUUGACUGUGAAAGUUUAGAUACUGUUUAAAAAUCCAACUUGUAUAGGUAAGUAAUUUCUUUUACUGAACUUGAUUGAUCUCUAUCAUCGAGGUCUCUUUUAUAUACCUACCUGCAGACCAGGUGAAGAAAAAAAAAUGUUUUACAAAUGAAAAUUUUCUAAGUUAGCAGAGCUGAAAGAUGAUAUUUCUUCGUUGAUAAAAAAA